AAACCAUGGAUGGGGCCUCCCUCGCAAGAGGAGGAUUUGUAGGACCACGUAGUUAAACCUCACCCGGCGACACUAGCGCCAUCUCACACUCACAAGCUGCAUCUCGCUUCGCACUGGACGCAACUGCAGCACCACUGGGUGCGCCCAAUGACAAAGGCUUCAACAUGAGCGCUCGCUCUUUCUGGAGGCCUGGCAAAGGCCAAUCUCGCGCCGCAGUCUACAGUUUCCUGGGGUUGGUCAGCUGGUUCCCUGUCAUCGCCAGCUUCAACCUCUACGUUGCCGAAGUCACCAGGAUCAACGGCAAGUCCAUGUAUCCUUUUAUGAAUGCCGACCGGGACAGCAUCCUGCGGCGGGAUGUAUGUUUGAAUUGGAAAUGGGGCGCCAACAGGGACUUGGAAAGGGGCAUGGUUGUCACAUUGAGGAGUCCAACCCAACCUGAAAACAUUGCCGUGAAGCGCGUCGUCGCUCUGGAAGGGGAUGUCAUCAGGACCAAGGCCCCGUAUCCCGUUGCCACGGUCAUGGUGCCGGCAGAACAUGUCUGGGUGGAGGGCGAUGGGCCACCAGGGACGAGCCUGGACAGCAACACAUAUGGACCUGUGUCGAAGCAACUCAUUACAGGAAGGAUCACACACGUGCUGUACCCUUUCAACAAAUUCGGCCCCCUUGAGUGGAGAGAUCAUAAAAGGCCGCUGGUGUAUUAGUAGGGAAGAGAAUGUCCGAGUAGUGUACGAUUCAUAGGAGAUACGGAGGCUUGAUGGCGCUCUUGCGCUUGCAUGCCUUAAUAGCCCAGCCCAAGCUGAACGCCUAACAAAAUUUGGCCAGAGGAAUAUCCUUGUAGCAAUCGAUUCAAUACUAUCUAACAAUCAUUUUUGCGA